AUGUACCACCAAGAUCUUACCAAAGAGCUGAAGGAGAUCGACGACCAAAAGAUUUGGUGUGCAGGAAAUGUUGUGUGGUCGCUGCACCCUAAUGACAAGGCUGAGGCCCGACUCAUGGGAGAGGUUUGGCCUUAUUUUCACUUUUGUGCUGCGUACACCAUGCUGUGCCUAUCUUCUGCAACAGCUGCACCCUCCCAGUACCUAUCUACAUACACUCAUGUCAUACCUCCCGAUCCCUCUAUAGACAUGCAUUUCAGGAAUGGGUGUAGUGUGGUUGUGAUCAAAACGGAAGGCAUCCACUGUGCAAUCUGCAAUAUGUCAUCAAUUAUCUUCAAUUUCGUACUUUUGACAUUUACGUUCAAUAGCAUGGAUGCGUCUUCUUCCUCUUCGGUGCAGAAAGUGCUCGGCUACUAUGUGUGA